GACACGGCAGCCAAUCAAAACGCUAGGUCAGUGUCACUGGCCAGGUGAAGCAGACGACAACAUUCUUGUGAAUCUGGCCGUGACUCAUGUUGUUUAGUUGUGUGCUCGCUGUGUUUACUUCUACAAGCCCAGGACGGGCAAGCAAUGACUGAACAUUCAACAAGACGCUUGUCUUCACAUUUUUACAUAGAAUUUUUUUUUUUUUAAUUCGUAAGUAGACAGCAGGUAACGUGGACAAUUGCACAAGGCUGCUAUCACCAGCCAAGGUUAGAUAACUCUGGGCUACACCCGGGUAAACAAACGAGUGGUCUCGUGUUGUUGCAACCCUAGGACUGGAGUAUAACCGGAUAGGCCUACACUCUCGGAUAUAGUGGCAGGAAUACAAGACAUACGCGGAAAAACAACAAAAGGCGACCAAACGAGGCUCUUACCGGAGGCCACACCUGUAAACCUACCGUCAGGUAGAUGGAUUCCCCAUGUCAUUUGAAAUUAAAGACUCCCUCCUUCCUGCAUGCAUAGAUCAUAGACUGAAGCAUAUGCUAAAAUAAGACAGACAGCGAACGGAUCAAGAUGGCGUCAAGCACGUGUAUCAGCCUGCUCUGUGUUGUGGUCCUGCUCUCGCCCGUCACAGUGGUCAACUCGCAGGACUGCAGUGAUGUGUUUCCACGGUGCCAGUGCUAUGAGGGUCCGGUUGUGGACUGCUCUAGCAGAGGACUGACCGCCCUGCCCAGUCUGACCGCGCCCUUCACGACCUUGAUACAGGAGAUGCGACUCAACAACAACAGCUUCACCGCGUUGGGAUCCGAUGCUUUUCAUGGACUCAGGAUCAAAGGGAUAGAUUUAAGAGGAAACCCUAUAGGCAGUGUCCAUUCGAAUGCAUUUCAAGGAUUGGUUGUAGACUUGACAAUAUUGUAUUUGGAUGGAAACAAAACAUCAGUAGUACCAAUAGAUGCCCUAAAGGUGCUAGUCAACUUGGAGGAACUUGUACUGAGGAAUUAUGGGAUAUUACAUUUACUAAACACAGAUAGUUACUUUGUGUCUUUUCCCAAAUUAAAAUAUCUUACACUCGAUAACUGGGGUCUAACAUCUAUUGAUGACGACCCAUUCCAUGGGCCAACUGAGUUGUUAAAUCUGAUUAUCAGCAACCAGAAUAUUGUAGGUCUCCCCGUUGACGUGCUCCACUCGCCAGCUUUAUCCAAAUUAAAAAAGUUAACUUUCUCAAACUGUCACAAUGUAGGCAAGGUAACUCAAUCAGCAUUUGCGAACCUUGCCGCCAUACAGGAGAUAGACUUAAGUUAUAAUUUUAUACACACUUUAGAUAACGAUUGCUUUAAGGGCAUUGGCGACACUCUGAUCAAACUAAACCUGUCUGGUAAUACUCUGAUUCCGUCUAAUAGUCUGACACUGGCAGGGCUAAAAGAUUUAACUGUGCUCAAAGAGUUGGACAUGUCGCACAAUGAAAACCUCCAAACACUGCCCAACUUGUCUCAGCUAGGUAACCAACAAUCUCUCAAGCUGUAUUUAAACAACAACAAAAUCUCAACUCUUGGCGCCAAAAGUGUUGCAGCUAUAGCUACCACACUACAGACUUUGAAUCUUUCAAUGAACCAGAUUCAUUCCAUUCACGUGAAUGCUUUUGAUGGGAUAACAACGCUUCAAGUUUUAGAUCUUUCCAAACAAGACAUAGGAACUCAAGAAAUUUUAACCGUUCCACACUUAAGUAACUUGUCUUCUACAUUAAAGGAGUUGUACCUGUCCGGUCAAACCGUCAACCCGGACACGCUGUGGUCAGCUAUUACUGACCUCACACAGCUGACUGUUCUCAGCCUCUCAGCAACAAAACUCAGCACUAUACCAAGCUUUGCAUUGGAGGAACUGGCCGCACUAAUUCAGCUGGACAUAAGCUCUAACAGAAUAUCCUCACUGACCCCCGACAUGCUUGUUGGUCCACGAAACUCGCUCAAAGUUUUAAACAUUGCCGGCAACCCCAUCACCACUCUGCCGUCUUGUUUGUUCAAUGGCUACACAAGUUUUCCACUGAACAUCAUCCUAGACUCGCCGCUACAGUGUAACUGCGCCAUACGGUGGUUGUGGGAGCGACUCAAGAAUAACACAAUCGUAUUUCCCACCGCGGCGAAAUGUGCAGACAACAUGCCGCUCUCCAACAAAACCCUGACAGACUUUUGUCCUGGUCCCUACACAGAGCCGGCGUGUACUGAUAACUAUCUGACGCCCACGCUGACCAUACGGCUGGGGGCGGGUGAGAGAAACAUCACACUGAAUUGGACUUUGUCGGACAACAAAGAUCUGCUCAACUACAUGCUCCAACUAGAGUCAGAGUCCGGUGCUGUGACCAAUGUGAACCGUUCCAACAGCCAGCCCUAUGUCUUCACCAACCUCACGCCCAACACGGUCCACCAUGUGUGUGUGUACGCCGUCUUCCUCAAGCGGCACACUAUCGUUGAAUGUGAUAACAUUAAAACGUUACAGGACACGACGGGCGCUGCCGGCCAACAAAACGGACUAACUUCACAGGAGGUCGGCAUCAUAGUAGGCGCCGUCAUUGGUGGGGUCAUCUUACUGGCCAUUAUUAUAGCCAUCGUUGUUUUAGUCUUCAUCCGCAAAGUGCCCAAAAAAGCCGAGGCACCCUCCCACCCCGAACAGCCUCGAAUAUUCUCGAAGUCAGAGUUGCCGUCCAUGGGCCGAGAGACUCACACGUUCGUCAGGGGCAAGAAGCGUGAGGGCGAACCAGAACACAAGGAAGGGAUGAAGGUGGUGGCUAUCAGCGAUGGUCAGACCGGCGGGCGGGUGGGCCGAGCCCAGAUCUUGUACUCGGACAGCAGCGCCAAACACGGCAGCACCUCGUCCUCCAACCAGUCUUUCUACGAGAACGACCGCCGCGGCGUCUUGCCCGAGCCACCCAGGGCCAAGCCCGAGGCCUACUACAACAUGGGCUUCAAGGGGGACCACUAUAAUGAGAUAGACACGGGCCCACGGUCGCCAGAGAAGCUGAAGCAAAACGACCUCAACAACAAAAAAAGUGCCCCUGGCGCACGGCCGCCAUCAUACAUAGAAUUAAAUAGACCCAAGGGGCAGACGGGCCCAGCUUCACCAAGUCUACACAUACAGGGCGUGGACAACAUGGGCUUCCAGCAUGACGAUACAAAGCCACGACUUAGCACGUCCAGAGAAGUUACAGUGUAGAUGUAGAUCUGUGAUCAGUGACUGGGUUACUUCCUGCAGGCUACGUCAGAUAAGAAAAUAUUACACAAGAUGGAGUCACGCGAAGAAAUGUACACAACAGUUGUCAGAAUGACUUGGGCCACUACUGUAGCACUGUGUUUAAACAGGUGUAUAGGAGGGCCUUGUCCCCCCCCCCCACCAGCUUAUUAAACAUCUGUAGACCUCAGGUGCCUGAUGUCCAAGCCAAAGGCCAAAAAAAUAUGCAAUCUCUAAAAACUGACCAAAAGGCUGAACUAUUACUUAUUUGUUUCUGUUAAACAGACUAUCAAAAGAUGGAGAAAACAUGCUGGGACACGU